AUGGGUUUCCUGGUACAUAAAGAUACCAUCCGUACAGUCAUGGGAUGCCACCCGGUCUCCAGUAGACUGAUCUCGAUCCGCCUGAAUGCAGCACCAUUUAACAUGUCGGUAGUGCAAUCAUAUGCCCGUACAAAUGAUUACAGUGACGAAUACAUGGAUGAUUUCUACAACCAACUACAGGAAAUCAUGGAAGAAACAUAUAAGAAAGACAUUUUAGUGGUACAAGGUAACUGGAAAGCUAAGGCUGGAAAAGAUGCUCAAGCAAUCUGGAGGGAUAUUAUCCUUACAACAAAUGAAAGAGUUCAUCGACGGCUUGAGUUCGCCGCUACCAACAAGCUUAAGCUGGCAAAUACACUGGGAGUUCACAAACCAUGA